AUUUGCCGCCGAUCGCGUAAACGGCGCCAUGGACGAUUUGGAGCAGUUGGAAAUACUCUCGCUGGUGAGCCGAAUCACCAGCGAGAUCAACAACCACAUGGGCGUCUCCGACAAAACGAUUUCCGAGUUCGUCAUGGCAGAGCACGCGAAAUGUGCAAAUCAGUCGGCCUUUCGAGAAAAGAUGGCAGACUUCGACUUUCCCGAAUCGCUGGCCGAUAGCAUAGAUCGCUUGAUCCGGACCAUGCAUCCACGCUUCAAGAACGCAUCGCAUUCCAAUGGAGGGAACGAUGCGACGGAGAAGCCUGCGGACAAGAUCCAAAAGUUCAAAGGUCUUGCUAUCGCCGAUACCGCGCCUGUCGUCGAUGACUUGGACGACACAUUUGCCGCUCUUGAGUCGCUCGCGGGCCCACCAAAGACAAACGGCCGAAAACGAAGCGUGUCUCCGGUACGAUACGAUGACGAGAAGCCUUCGAAACGCCACAGACGCUCCCGGUCACGGUCGCGAGAGAAGAAGCGCAAUGACGAAUACCUUUUCGAAGACGAGUUCGGCCGCACACGAGCACAUCGACCAGAUCGAGACGACCGAAAGAGACAUCGACGAGAUUCUCGAGAGCGGGGCAGGAGGAAAGAGCCGCAGCUUGACGAUGAACCUGUGCUGUUCAAGAUCUACGAUGGAAGAGUGACAGGUGUGAAGGACUUUGGCGUUUUUGUCAAUCUCUACGGCGUGAAAGGCAAGGUGGAUGGCUUGGUCCAUAUCUCUGCUAUGUCGGAUCAAAAGGUCAAUCACCCGAGUGACUUGGUAGAGCGUAAUCAAGAGGUCAAGGUGAAGGUCAUGAAGGUACAGGAUAAGCGAAUCAGUCUGAGCAUGGCGGAGGUGGAUCAGGAGACUGGAGAAGAUCUCGCGCCAGGGAGGAAGGUGCAGACUGGCGCAACAGGCGCGAAUUCUAUGGGUCUAGGCGGAGCCACGAAUUUUGACAGUCUCAAAUCUGCGGUGCCGGUCAUUGAGACUGGAGCAGCUGGAAAGCGACAACGAAAACGAAUGACGAGCCCGGAACGAUGGGAGAUCCGGCAAUUGAUAGCUUCAGGAGUGAUCAAGGCUAGUGAUUAUCCGGACCUGGACGAAGACUAUAACGCAGCCAUGAAUGGCGAACAGAUAGAAGAGGAGGAAGAUGUUGAUAUCGAGGUUCGUGAGGACGAGCCGCCUUUCUUGGCCGGCCAAACGAAGCAAUCUCUAGAAUUGUCUCCAAUUCGUGUCAUCAAAGCUCCAGACGGCAGUAUGAACAGGGCUGCGAUGCAGGGAGACGUGCUCGCUAAAGAGCGACGGGAUAUGAGACAGCAGGAAGCACAGGACAAAGCCAAAGCAGAAGCAGCGAAGACUGAUCUCAAUCAGGAAUGGAAUGAUCCUAUGGUCGCGCCUGGAGAGCGUAGGUUCGCUAGCGAUUUACGACAGGCUAAGACUGGUAACGGUGAAGUGCCGGAGUGGAAGAAGAUCGCCACUGGUCGAGGUGCUGAGAUGGGAAAGAGAACGAACAUGUCCAUCAAGGAGCAACGAGAAUCUCUGCCUGCUUACAAAAUGCGGAAGCAGUUCUUGGACGCUGUCCGGCAAUAUCAGCUUAUGAUUGUAGUCGGAGACACUGGGUCUGGAAAGACAACUCAGCUUACGCAAUACCUCGCUGAGGAUGGCUUUGCACACGACGGUAUGAUUGGUUGCACGCAGCCUCGUCGUGUCGCAGCUAUGUCUGUCGCAGCCAGAGUGGCAGACGAAGUAGGAUGCAGACUUGGCGAGGAGGUUGGCUACACGAUCCGAUUCGAGGACAAGACCAAUGAGAACACAAAGAUCAAAUACAUGACAGACGGUAUCAUGCAGCGUGAGAUUCUGCUGGAUCCGGAACUCAAUAAGUACAGCGUGAUCAUGCUUGAUGAAGCUCACGAGCGCACUAUCGCCACCGACGUGCUCUUCGGCCUCCUCAAGAAGACCUUGAAGAAGCGCCCAGACAUGAAGCUCAUUGUCACUUCUGCGACACUGGACGCUGAGAAGUUCUCUACAUAUUUCAACGAAUGCCCGAUCUUGACAAUUCCGGGCAGAACAUUCCCAGUAGAGAUCAUGUACAGUCGGGAGCCGGAGAGCGAUUAUCUGGAUGCAGCUUUGACGACUGUGAUGCAGAUUCAUCUCACUGAGAAGCCUGGUGACAUACUGUUGUUCUUAACUGGCAAAGAAGAGAUCGACACCAGUUGCGAGAUCUUGUUCGAGCGCAUGAAAGCACUUGGGCCUUCUGUGCCCGAGCUCGUCAUCCUGCCCAUCUACGGUGCAUUGCCAUCUGAGAUUGCUUCCAAGAUCUUUGAGCCACCUCCUCCUGGUGGUAGGAAGGUGGUCAUCGCCACGAACAUUGCAGAGACAAGUAUCACAAUCGACGGCAUCUAUUUCGUUAUCGAUCCUGGUUUUGUGAAACAGACUGCGUAUGAUGCGAAGCUUGGAAUGGACCGUCUCCAAGUCACACCUAUCUCUCAGGCCCAGGCUAAGCAGCGUGCUGGACGCGCAGGGCGUACAGGUCCUGGAAAGUGCUUCCGGCUGUACACCGAGUCUGCGUUCCAGAACGAGAUGCUGCCUACGACGAUACCAGAAAUUCAACGACAGAACCUGUCCAACACAAUUCUCAUGCUCAAGGCCAUGGGAAUCAAUGAUCUGCUUGGAUUCGACUUCAUGGAUCCACCUCCUACGAAUACCAUGUUAACAGCUCUCGAAGAGUUGUACGCACUUGGGGCGCUUGAUGACGAAGGCCUCUUGACUCGUCUCGGCCGUCGUAUGGCUGAUUUCCCAAUGGAUCCAGCUCUUGGAAAAGCUUUGAUCACGUCUGUUGACCUUGGCUGUUCCGACGAGAUGCUUUCCAUUGUCGCACUCAUUUCUGCCGUUCAGACAGUUUUCCAUCGACCAAAAGAAAAGCAGCAACAGGCGGACCAGAAGAAAGCGCGCUUUCACGAUCCGGCAGGCGACCAUCUCACCUUGCUUAACGUGUACAACGGAUGGAAAGCAGCAGGCAAGAGUGAUCCGUGGUGCUUCGAGAAUUUCAUUCAGCCGCGUAACAUCAAACGUGCGGAGGAUGUCAGAAAGCAGCUGGUUCAGAUCCUGGACCGUCAUCGCCUCAAGAUCAUAUCUUGCGGUCGGGAUACCACUCGUGUGAGGCAAGCACUGUGCGCCGGCUUCUUCCGCAACUCCGCACGCAAAGAUCCUCAAGAAGGGUACAAGACGCUUGUCGAAGGCACUCCUGUCUAUAUGCAUCCUGCAAGCGCUUUGUUCGGCAAGCACGCGGAGCAUGUGAUCUACCAUUCGCUUGUGGAGACCACAAGAGAGUACAUGCACAACGUGACUGCCAUUGAACCCAAAUGGCUCGUUGAAGCAGCUCCUACAUUCUUCAAGGUCGCAGGAAAAGAUGGUGGCGGGUUGAGCAAGCGCCAACGUGCCGAGAGGAUCCAGCCAUUGCAUAACAAGUUUGCUGGCGAGGAUGAUUGGCGGUUGAGCGCACAGAGACGACAAGGGCGAGGUGGUGGUGGCACUUGGGGCUAACAUGAUACGCCUGGUGUCUGCAUAUAUGAUGAAACAAGUGUGCUUCGCGGCAGUAACUGAAGUACAACUCCUGUUCCGCAGAGCUACAACAUUCGACGAUCCCACUAUAUCUGCAGAGGAUCGAUCUUCUGAGCCGGCACAGCUGCAGCAGUGGCGGACCGGCCGCAACCGCCUAUGGGUGCGGUACCUUUUUAGCUUUCACAUGAAUGUCCCCCCUUCAGCAAAUCUGCAUACCCCUCCUCGACUGCUCAUGCCAAGCUGCCAGAUCAUGCGUCGAAGUGAUGUUCAAAUGCACAUGCCCAGUUGCUGCCGUGUCACAUCACCCGAAAACGGCCAAGCGUCGGAUGCAUGCACGAGCUCCGCAUCUGCUAUGGGAUACUGCAGAGUCUGAUCUUGGAAGCGAUCAACAUUGAAAGACUUACACUGCAGAAAAGCUCUCUCGUAUCUGCUGUACCUCCAUCUGCAACUGAGCUCGCUCGAGCGCUCCUUCUCGAUCUGUAUGAGAUGAUAUAAGAUCACUUUUGACGUCUGGCAAGCCGCUACUUCUUGAUUCUUCUUUCCGCAACAGACAAACACCACUCAACACACUCACCACCACCACCACCACUCAUCUGAAUCACAGCUUCCCUUUAAUA